CAGUUGUUGUUAUUCGAUACAAGGCGACUAACGUUCGUACAGAUCGUACGCCACACACCCACAUACUGUUAUUAUCGUUAUUAUUGUUGUUGUACAAUUUAACAAUAUCGUUCAUAUCUACAUAUUUUACGAUCAUGGGUACUUACCUGGAUAAUCCAGUUACCGAAAAAGUCUCAGAAGACAUGGAAGACGAUACGCUGGUGUGUGGGGUCAGUUCCAUGCAAGGUUGGCGUGUUCGACAAGAAUUAACGUUGGUGAUUACGAAAAUGCUCUGAAAAACGCCUAUUUGGAUUUUGAUGCGUAUUUGCGCUCUAAGACUGCUUUGAAUAGAAUGAAAAUUUUAGCGCAACAAGAUGAUUCAGCAAGCGACGAUUACGGCGACGACACCAACGCUGACAAUGUUGAUGAAGAUGACAUAUACAAAAUGUACGGUUUUUAUAGUGGUUGCACCGCAGUCGUGGCCUUAUUAGUGGAUAAGAAAAAACUUUAUGUGGCUAACGUCGGGGAUUCCAGAUGUGUCGUUGCUAUUCACGGUACUAAGGCCUUUGAUAUGUCAAAAGACCACAAGCCUAAAGACGAACCAGAGUUAUCGAGAAUUCGUGCAGCUGGAGCAAGAGUUACAUUCAACGGACGGAUCAAUCGCGAUCUUAAUUUGUCCCGAGCUUUCGGUGAUCACAUGUAUAAGCAGAACACUGCGCUUCCAAUAACGCAACAAGUUAUCAUUGCUCUACCUGACAUACAGACGAGAGUAUUAAACGCAUAUGAUGGCGAUUUUAUCGUGUUGGGAUGUGAUGGAAUAUGGGACUCGUUAAGUAGUCAGUCUACUGUGGACUUGAUAUCAAAUCACAUCAAUAAACCCGGUAUAAAACUAUCGUCGGUUUGCGAAAAAGUACUCAACAAAUGUUUUUCCGCUGAAUGCCGUACAAAAGGUGUCGAUAACAUGACUUGUAUUAUUGUAAAAUUUAAACACGAUAAAAAGCUGCAGUCCGACCAAAAGGACGAUGAUCCGAUCGGUUGCAAAAUUGAAGCUCUCAAAUUACAUUGAAUUAACUAUAAUUAUGCUUAUUAUCGAUAGUUAAUAAAACAUUUAAUAUAUGUUUAUAAUAUAAUAUUUUUAUUUUGAACCGAAACUCAAGUGAAUUAUAGAAAGAUUUGCCAUAUUGUAUUUUAUAUUUUUAUUAUUCAAUAUCACAAUCACAUAAUUUUCAUUAUAUACGUAU